GACAACACGGGGGAGACGGCGCGCGGUGCCAUGCUCUGGACGCUGGCGCAGGGACUGGCAGCGGAGCAGCGGCGCCUGCAGGCAGCCCGGAGCCGGCGCCGGGAGCUGAUGGAGCUGUUGGAGAGGCAGCGAGCUGCGUACCCCCAGGUUCUCCUGCGGUGCCUGGCCCUGCUGCGGCGCCUGGCCCAGGAGCACCGGCUCGGGGGACAGGCCCAGCUGGACCGGCUCAACACCCACUAUCUGGAGGUGAAGUGCAGCGCCAUGUUCCUCAAGAUCCGGCUGGAGGAGCUGAGCGUGCUCGUGGACACCUACUCGCCAGAGAGGGUGGAGGUGCAUCGGGCCAUCAGGGCCGGCCUGCAGGGAGCCGUGCAGCAGCAGGAGCAGGAGCUGGCCACGGCGCAGAAGAUCCUGGCCACCUACGAGAGCCUGGGCCCCGAGUUCGAGGGACUGGUGCAGGAGUACGCCCAGCUGUGCGGGGGCAUCGAGAACAAACGCUGGGCCCUGCACGAAUUCAACAAGGGCUGCCACUGACGGGGGCCAAAUAAACAUGGCGCUGGAUUCUCUG